AACACGGUACGUACCUAAAUCAAUUGGCUACGGGCGACCAAUGCGACCAAUGCGUCCAAUGCGACCAACGCAAAUCGAUUGAAAAAUAGAGCUGCCAUUGCCCGGCUCCGCACGUCAUCGUCAAACUUAAAAGUCCGGAAGAGUUGAGGUCGAGCUCAUCUCUUCUAUAAAGCUCUCUACGCCCUCCUGCACCGACCUACGGAAUUAUUGACUUGUCAAUCUCAAGACCCAGCCCUCAAUCCACCAAAUCACAUCACAUCAAAGCCACGCCAGCAUCAGCGAGCGCAACCCACUGCACAUACUCACACCGCCUCGCAUGUCUGGGUCUAGGAAGGCGUCAUGAAUCCCCAGGGAAGGUAUCGGACGCAGUCGGGUCCACAAGAAGGGAUUCCCAGAAAACCACUUCCCAGCGGAUAUGUUCCCUCAGAUCCGCCAUACAUCAUACUAGAAAGACAAUCAAAUCCUUGGGAGCAGCGCGGCGAGAACGGAAAAGUAGCAGCAGCAGCUCAGAUGUGACGAGCAGCGGAGAGCAGCACAGUCUUCCGUGGCAGGACGACAUCAACGACCGAUCAAAGUGCUGGUGGGCGAUGUGAAGGCGAUGUGAUGCGGCACAGUGGGUUAGAUGGCAGCAAGACGAGUUGACCAUCAGAAGGGAUGAGACGCGUCGGGGUGUUGGGGGUGCUGGUUGCUUAUAGAACUUGCCAGGCCCUGCUCGCGUUGGUUGGUCGGCUGAUCUCGAGCCAGACGGUUCUACGGCGUCUCUUUAGAAUUAUCAGAUAUCUCAGAUCUGAAAAUCUCUUGAUGUUACUGUACUGCUGCGCUGCGCGGCGAAUAAACUAAACUACAGCUUCGACAGGCAUCGCCCACAGCCACUUUGAUCGUCUCGCGGCCCUUUCCGAUGGCUCUUCGUUCCUUGAUGACAAGACCUUGAAACUCUCCCUUCCUUUCCCCCUUUAGUUUCCUCUCGCGUUACACAAGAAAUCUCAGCCACAGGCCUAGGCACCACUGACUAGAAGGCAUUCCAAAUCCCAGAAUAAUAUGAUCAUGGUAUCACCAUGACCGCAUCGGCGUCGGUUGACGUUGAACAACGGCAGAGGCAUGUAGAGGCUAGGAUUGGGAAUUCAGGUUCAGCGUCGCUGGGAUCAAUUGGUCGGAUUCGCUACAGAGGAGUCUAUGGAGUAAUAAUCCAAUCCAAACGAGCCUAGGCUUGCUGGUUAGGGAAAAGGAGCAGAAGAGGGUUCGCUAGCCAGCCAAAACAUUGGGCGAAUCCUUUGAUUUUCCUCGCCCUACCAAUCAUUGUCCUUGCCCCUCCACCCCUUCAAGGGCCCUUCGUGCUUUCCCGCCCAUGACCUCUCAUUCUGCUGCAAGUGCAAUCUGCGUGUAGCAUGGGUGGUGGUACGUGGUCGGUAAAAAUCAACCACUAUCAUGACCCUAAAGUAACACGUACUCAUGGACAUGAGGCUCCUUGUACCUCACGGGCUCUAUUUCUUGUGGUCGUAAUGUCCGCGCGUUAGAAUCUAGCAUCCGCGCUUCCUUCCCUCAUUUUUUCUAGCGUUUUGGUGAUUCAAUUCUCAUACCCAGUCCACUGGCAUAUCUCAAGAUUCUGUCCCGGAAGUCAACUCCGGCGAAUGAAAUAUCGAAAUACAAAUCUGGUAGAAGCAAUCAGAACGCCGUCGACCUCACAAUGGAGCCAGACAGGGCUACAGAAUACAAGUGGAUAGAAUAGCACACAACUCAGAAGAUCAAUCUUAUUUAUGAGUUGAAACCGCGCGUCCGUUCGCCUGCCAGCCUUUCUCAACAACAAAGACAUGGUAACGCCACCUGUUAUUUUGCUAUGCUCGCACUACAUAAUAUCCCUCGGGUUUGAUAGCCAGUGUGUGUAAGGCCUAUCAUUUCACCUGCGGUCCGUCAAGGGCUCCUCCCAGUCCUAUGUGUUCGACUUGGACCUGUUCGCUACUAUUCUCAACCGGCAGCGGUCAGCUCUAUCUCCAACUUACUCACUUUUGACCCAACUUUCUAUCGGUGGCUGCAUCCGCCACCAACCAGCUUACGAGCUUACACAUUUUUGACCCAAUAUUGGCAAUUGCAAUACUACCUGCACAUUCUCCUCCGACGAUUAGAUGCCGAAACCAGGGAAAUCGGAUAGUCGUGCUAAGCGGCCACGGGAAGGGGACGGGGCCGAAGGUGAUACUGGCCGCGAGAAAGGAGGUCCCCAUUCCCUCACCAUGAAUAUUCCUCCGCGGGCUUCGAGUAGUUUAACAACUUUAAGCUCCCGUUUCAGUAAGCCUCAACAACCCAGACCGCAAUCUUCGUUACCAAUUUCAACACAAACAAGCUCUGGACGGCUAGACCCCUCGCCUAUGAGAACAACAGGUUCAGCACCCCCUGGAAAGGUGGCCAUUCCUGCCCUGAGGACACCACAAUAUUCUGAGGCAUCUUCAUCUACUCUCAAGAAGUGUCGAACAGCUCACGCUUGUAACUAUUGCCGGAGAACCAAGGCUGGGUGUACUGGGGAGAAGCCUUGCCAAAGAUGUAAAAAUGCCGGCGUGACAUGUACUUAUGGGGAUGGCAAGCGGGAAGCUGAGAAGAAGUGAGUAUAUUGUACCUCCUUUUGGGAACUACAGGCUUAUACUGAACAGGAAGCUGUCAAGAUUGAGUCAACAAACCGGCGCCUUGACCAGGUACACCACAGAGGUAUCCGACGCGCUACAACAGAUACAACUUGAGUCCAAAGAACCGCAAAUGACCAAGGAAGACAUGCGGGCUGCAAUUGAUAGAGUCAUUGCCAUGGUAUGUUCAAUUCUGCAUUGUUGUUUAAACGCUCUCUACUAAUCAGUGAGCAAGACUCCCUCCUCGCAUGCAACCGAUCUAGAAGGCUAUCAAUCACCUUUAGGGACCUCCGAGCCAGUAGAACAGGUGCCGGAUGAGCAAGAAACUGACGAAAAAGGAUCCACAGGAUCUCUUGAUGCGGUGCACGUUGACACUGACCGCGACGAUACACGCCCGACUGGACAUAUUGGGAAAUCAUCUUCAGUGUCGUGGGCUAAACGCACAGCUGAGGAAGUGCUUCACAGCGGCAGCCAAGAAUCCUCAAUUGCUCCUCAGGAAUCGGACAUUAAUAUUUCCUCGUACCAUACCGAAGAUCAGGAUAUUGAGCAGCUUGAGUUCAACCCCUUGACCUCAUUUGAAUUCUCACAUGAAUGGCCAGAACCACUGUUAGCGGAAGGACUAGUCCAAUCAUACUUCAAAGAUGUGCACAAUUCACUACCUAUUCUGGACAAGCCGACUUUCCUUGGUGAAUAUCGCAACUUUAGACAUAAAUCAACAAGCACAGAGGAAGGGCAUAUUUGGCUGGGUACAUUAAACCUUGUUUUCGCUAUAAGCUCGUACCACGCAGAUCUCAAACAAAGUAAGGAACAAAGGCACUACAACAGUCACCAAAUAUAUCUCCAGCGUGCGAAGUUGCUUUGUAUGAACGACAACCUACUUUAUAAAGAUGCGAGGAUAUCAACUGUCUGUGGAUUAGGACUGCUGUGUUUAUAUUAUACUGCUACGUGUAAUCUCAAUAGGUAUGUAAGCAACUCUAUAGUAACUAUCCUAUAUUAACUUUAAAUAAAGAGCUUGGACAAUAGGCGGGUUAAUGAUUCGGCAGGCCCUGAUUUUAGGGCUUCACGUUCGAAAUGAUGUCGAUGACUUACCAGAUAUGGAAAAGGAAUACCGAAUUAGGCUCUGGUGGUCUCUGUACUCUCUAGAGUGUUUACUAAAUGAGCUGACUGGACGUCCAAGCUGCAUAUCGGAUACCGAUAUUAGCACGCCACUACCACUUAAUAUUAAGGAUGGUGAAAUGGGCCUGGGAAACCUCUAUGAAAGGCGGAAAGAUAUAGUCAUGUCAGGCCAAUCAAGUUGCCGUGGCUCACGCAGCUCAAAAGGUGUGCUCUCCUAUAAAUAUAGCAAUUUUAGUGCUAAUCAAAAUUUUUGAUGGCCGUACGACCACAGGUUCCCAGAGACAGUCAACGGCUAGGUUUCCCGUUGUUGCUCCUCCCCUCACGAAUUCUUCCUACUUUAUAUACCGCACUCACCUAUCGAUAAUUUCUCAUGAAACCAUCACCGAACUCUAUUGCGCUACUACUACCAAGGUUAAAUGGACCGAGGUUCAGAACACAAUCAAGAAAAUCCACCUCCGACUUAGCGAUUGGGAAUCCUCAUUACCCGAUGUCUUCGACUUCAAUUUGAAUAUGUCUCUACCGCUGGAUAUCGACGAUGAAUACACGUUACAGAGAACCGGUCUGGCUAUGAUUCAUUGUAGUUGUCUUAUGAUAUUGUUCAGACCCUAUCUUUGUCGAUUCGACCUGCGUUUAAAACACACCCACGAUGAUAGGUCCUUUACUCAAGAAGCCGUGCAAACCUGUAUUCACUCCGCUCGUAAAAUUAUUGCUCUUGUCAAUUGGUCCGCGGACGGCGCCGGAGUCUACUCUGUCCCUCCGUGGUGGAAUACGAUACAUUAUAUUUGCCAGGCACUAGCGAUUUUAAUCCUGGAAAUAGCGUUUCGAUCUCAGCAUAUGCCUGAAGAAGCUGAAGAUAUUCUCAAAGAUGCCAAGAUUGGAGUCAAUUGGCUCUCAGAAAUGUCCAGGUUCUCAAUUUCAGCAAGAAAGGCCUGGCAUAUUUACGAUAAGUUGAUCAGAAUUGGUGCUCCUGUGAUCAACCAGACGGUCUUCGAUAUGCCGAUGAAUGCUCCCAUACCGCCUGGAUAUCGUCUGCAGCCUCGCCAAAAUGUCUACUCAGCCUUGGUUCUCCCGACGUCCCAACAUGAUGCAGAACAGGCCAAUCCAAAUCCACUCUCCCAAGCUAAUCUUCAACAAUAUCAGAAUACACAGGGACGAGCACCGAGUCCAAACCAAACAACAACAGCCUGGGCAUCUGAAUCCCAGCCCUACAUGCAUUUCGACCAGGGACGUGGACUUCAACAACCAUAUCCUUCGCAAGCUAUGGGUAAUCCACUAGACCACACCCAAGCACUCAAUUUGUUUCAAAACAUCAGUGGUGUACACGGUCAUUAUGAUGAUCUUUCGUGGGCGCAAAUGUUCGAAACCUGGAAUCCAGAUCCCACCAACCCUUCAAAUCAAAGUAUGACUGCGGAUCCGGGAAUGACGGCAUAUGGUAGUUUAUUCUCCAACGUUUCGCCUGCAGCGGGGUUUGCGCCAGAUCCACAAAACUUUGGCAUGCAGGGUCGAAUGGAUUUUCAGCAAUACGGAGAUAUAGGCGGUACGACUACAGAAAGAUCUGAUGACACGACGAUGCAGGGACAGACCCAGAAAGGAUUCGAUUACAACCUCGGUGGGCAGCACUACCAAUAUUAGGACCCUAGGAACUUGCAUUGCCCAUCGACUCUUACUCCAGGGAGAAGAGAGCGUGAACUCAUGCGAAGCGAAAUAUUAUUUUGUCUGAGAAAUUUCUUAUCUGGAGAGUUUGUUAUAGAUUCCCAUGACGAGUUUAAUUUGUGCUAUUUCAAAGGUCAAACUAAAUGGUGAGUGACUUUUUGACAAAGGUCAUCUGUCUCAUCUGGGUUGGUGGAAGCAAGUGUGUUUAUUGUUUUUUUGCAACUGUCAGUAGCAUAUAUAUCUUACCCAUCUGAUAUCUAGUAUCAGUUUUAAUCACUCCGUCUAAUCAUUUUUGAGGCACUCAAUAUCUCGUGGCGAAUGUUUCUGACUUGACUUAGUAGCAUGCAUGCACUGGAGAGCUUUACCCUCUUCUGUUCAGUCUGUGUUGCUAUUUGAUUUGUUGGCACUUAUGCCCUAACAAUAUUGCAGCGUCCGCCUACCUACGGAAUAGAAUUCCUGUCCUAUGGCUUGUGUUCGCUCAGGCUUGGCGAUAUGUAUGUUACAACGACCUCCGACCUCGUACUCUGCAUUAGGGGUGUUGCGUAAUUUGUGUGAGCUUAGAUGUGCAUAGAGAGAAGUUCUAGAUCGAGGCAUAGUUUACGAAAAGAUGGAGUUUGGGUUGAGAGUUUUUUUGUUAGACCCGUUGGCCAAUCUUUGUUUACAAUACCUUACUCGGCGGGAUUUAGGAUGAAUCCGGUUUCUUUCACUCUAUUGUUCUGUGAUAACAUUGGCCGCUGGCUUCCUCUUUCUGGCCAUCCAGCUUUUGAGAGAGGCAGGGGAGCUUUGCCUAGCUUGGUGUUUUGGAGGCGGGGAUGAGUGGUUUGUGAGUCUGAGGUACGACUCGACGGAAGCGAGAGGUUCUUAUCCUGUCGAAAAGAUGUCGUAUUACUAUUAUUAUUUUCUUCUUUUUCUUUCAAAAACCAAUAGUAAUAUAUUUACCUAAACAGAGCUAGG